AUGGAAUGUUUAAAAGAAAAUAAACCGUUUUUCAAAGUUCUUACCAAGUGUAAAAACAGUGUUCAUUUAUAUCGCAGAGGUGUGAUCCAAUCUGACUUACAAACGCCAUCUUGCCCAUUAUUUUCUAAAUCAAUACUUCCAGAUCCAUUAACAAUCAGUCACAUCUCUGAAAUUCAGAGGAAGCCUUUUUUAUGUGUAUCAUACUCAUCAGUCGUGCCAUGUUUGCCAAUGCUAAAAGAGUACGAAAAACAGUCAAGGUUGAAUAAAAAUUUAAGAAGAUUCGUGGACUAUGAAGGUGCAACAACACUGUUUACUCUUAAUAAUCCAUUCAUUGAAGAAUAUAAAAUAGAGAACGGCAACUUCGUGUUCUAUGUUAACAGUUCGAAAUACGAACUGGAUUUACACACAACAAAAUUAAUCAUAGAUUUACUGAGACCAACCAUGUCGAUAAUACCCUGUGAACUAAUGAAGCUGAAUAAACUAGUUAAACUAAGUUCGAGGAAAAGAAACAGGGCAAUAGAACAGUACACAACAUACCAUGAAGAACUUAAAGAAUCUUCCGAUUUAACUAAAAUAAUAGCUAGCGCUCAUCCAGUACUAGGCUAUAAUAAGGACGAUAUAUAUCCCGGAGUUGAACUAUCUGGACUAGGAUACGGGGAAUCUUUAGAGGAAAGAGCGGAAAUGAUUAAAGCAAUGUUAAAAGGAACAAGUGACGAAAAGCUGAGGGUCAUACAACUAAAUACAGGAACUGCCAUUGAAAUUUUACACGCUGUUCUCCUCGGAGUAGACGUUGUUAUAUCACCACAUCCAGAGACUCUAUCCAGCGAAGGAAGAGCGCUGUGUUUCAAUAUACCAGAAGAAACCGAAGAGGAUAUAGACUUAGAGUCACUGCUCCAGAUAUUAAAUGAAAACUGUGAGUUCGAAGAUGGAGUUUAUAAGGACAAUAUAAACUCGUAUAUAGAUUUAAAUGAUAGUGUGUACCAUAGCCAGCUGGACAAACGACUCCACGAAAUUUCAAUCAGGAAGGAAUCUAGGUCUUACGUCCACCACCUCUUGAAAUGUAAGGAAAUGAGCGCAGAAAUAAUACUAUCAAGUCAUAAUUUAUGGAUGUACGAAGCACUGUUUCAAAAGAUAAGAGAUUCCAUAGAAAUGGAUAAUCUGUUAGGAUUUGUAUAUAGCUUUAUAAAUACAAAUCUAAAAUAG